GAGAGAGAGAGAAGAGAGAGAGAGAGAUAGAGCGAGAGCGAGAGAAUGACCACUUACGCCAGCUUCCAGCAAUACGAGGUGUUGGAUUCGGAGGGUUACGGGUCGGCGAGUAGCCCGGAAUCGAAUCCGCGUAGCUGGGCCCAGCAGGAGAUAUACCCUCAACCGCCGAGAUCUAGGGGUAGCAGUUGCGGGAGCGUGAGCUCGGUUGAUUGUCAGAAUCGCGAGUACCAGGAGAUCGGCGCGGCGAACGCCACUUUCCGCUUGGCCGCCACCCCCGCUUCCUUCAACCUCGCCGAGUUCUACGAGUCCUCGUACUAUCAACAACAAGCUUGCCGGAACGAGCAUCACCGCCAUCACCAUCAUAAUAAUCAUCAUCAUCAUCAUCAUCAUCAUCAUCAUCAUCAUCAUCGUGAUCACGAAAUCGGACACUCCUCGAGUGUCGGAUGCAACUCGAGGACGACGAUGAGGGAGAAGAGCGAGUGCGCGAACGUUUACGACGGGUGUGUGACCGUGGCCCGUGCGGAUUUCUCCAUCAUCAGUCAGGAUGGUAAACAGAACGCCCCGCCAAAAAUGGACCAGCAACACCAUCAUCAUCAUCAGCAGCAGCGCAAUACAGAUAGUUUGGGCGCGAACGACAGGUGCGAUUUCGUCGGGCAGAGCGAGGAGAGCUUCUUCGGUAUCCCGAAAGGUGAUGGUUUUUUGGCUAGGAAUAAUAGCGGGGAGAACCCUUAUGGGCAGAGGGGCGACAUCGUUUAUUUGGGUGGCACGUACACCCAUGUGCAGAGGAACGAGGGCUACGUUGUCGAGCAGGGCGAGGGGGAGGGGAAGCGCGACACGGCCAGGUAUCAGACGAAGAUCGAAUACACGUCCGGUGAAAAGACGAGGGAGAGCGUGCAUCACAACAGGAUGAAAAACGGGACGACGCCUGGUAUAGAGGUGUUGAGGAAGAGACGGCUGGCCGCGAACGCGCGGGAAAGAAGAAGGAUGAACAGUCUGAACGACGCGUUCGAUAGGCUGAGGGACGUGGUGCCUAGUUUGGGAAACGACAGAAAGCUGAGCAAGUUCGAGACUCUGCAAAUGGCACAGACCUAUAUCGCGGCGUUGUACGAGUUGCUGCAAAGGGAGUGAACAUUUUGCGAACAAAACGUGCGAUUAACCGAUCCAGCGAUCGUUUCUAUAUCCGAUAAAUUUGCUCGAUGAAAUGACGUACAAGUGGAUAAUAAUUUACGUUGGACCGAUCGAAGAGGAACGAUGUCGCGAUGCUUGAUCGACGUUGAAAGGUAAACGACGAAACGUUGAAGGGAAAAGUUCGAGAAAAUCGGCGAGAAUCGUUCUCGUUCCCGUCCGUUAGUUUAAUUAGCGAUAAUUGGUGCGCGCAAACACGUCGCUUAUGCUUUUCCCUCCGCGUGGCCUUGUUGCCGGAUUCCAGGAUAUUUUUCGAUAAAUCGAGUCGUGAUUGAUACGCGAAACGAACAGUCCGACGUAGCUUCAGUGUUCAACCUUUUUUUUUUUUUUCUAUAUAAAACGAUAAAAAAUGAAAGAAAUCGAAAUUAAACGAACAUCUCGCAAUCAACAGAUUGAGGAUCGCUGUUUUGAGCGAAUAUCGAAAACGUAUAUACGUGGUUAUCGCGUGUUUUAGUCGUAGGAUUCGUGUAAAUAUUUGAUUAGACGCGAUUAAGUUAUUGUGACGUUGUUUAGGUAAUUGUGUACAUAUAUGUAAAGAUAGGGGAUCUCUCGAUCGCGAUGAUCGAUCCGUGUGACGGUGAAAAAAAAAGUAAAGCUAUUUCUUCUCUGAAAGCAGCAGAGAAAAGAAUUAUGUUUCUCGUUUUUGGCUUGAGAAAAAACAGCUUUGCGAUGAUUCUAUGCGAGAUACGCGACGAGCAUACUUUCUUUUCUUUUCUCUUCUUGGUGGGAUGAUUUUGAUUUUAUCUCCGGUUAAAAGAAUCGAUCGAUAUAAUUUUUGCGAAAGGAAAUUUAUCGUGAUGAUAAAUAAUAACACGAGUAUCUCGUCGAUUAAAGUUCUCGAGAUGAACCAAAGAAUCCGUUAAACAGGUUAAGGAAAAAAGACAAUGCGUCGCGAUUAUUUUUCUAAUCACAAUCAUGUAUACUGUCGAAUCGUACGUAUUGAUACAUUCUCGUGAUAUAUUCUCUUUUAGAAGAUCGAUUCGAGAGGCGAAAACAAUCAACGAUCAUCCUUCGAAAACGGAUCUAUAUAUCUCCCGAGAACACAUCCGAUAUUGACAUCCGAUAACAAAGAAUAGAGUGGAAGACAAAAGCGAGAGAGGACAGAUUGUUCGUAUAGUUUCCCGCGAUGUUUCUCCCGCAAUUAGGGAUAUGCAAAAAUAGGAGGACAAAUGGCGGUGGUCGGCCACCUCCACUUAGCAGUCAAUCACAAUUAAAUACAAUUUUGCGCGAGCUUCGGCCCCUGGUAAUGGCGCAAAAAGAGAGCAAAUUGAAAUCUCCUAGCUGACAGAAUGAUAGAUGGUGGCGCGCAGACGCGAAAACACGGGGGACGGAGAAAAAGAGGGAUAGAGAUGGAACGGCGGAGAGUUACCUUCCCCGCAGAACGCCGCUGUGAGAAAGCUGGUGCUGCUGCUGUUGCUCCUGCCUUUGCUUCGAGCCGAACAACGGGCGAAAAUGCAAAAGUGAAGGACCAAUGUCUUCUCCUCUUGAAGAAAAUAUAUCGUUUAGAGAGAACAACUACGUACGUUACGCGUAUACUCGAUCGAACUCUAUCCAGUUUUCCGUUAUUCCGUAAUUUAACGUGACUACGCGAAAUCCUUCCGAUUGCCAUUGUUGUUUUCUCCCUGACGACUGAAAUUACGCUCUAAUACACCAUUGAAAUUGGUCACUCGUUAUCAUACCACGUUUUCUCACUUAAUUCGACGUUUUUUUGAACUUUUUGAUAAUAUCUAUCCAGGAUAUGGAAAAAGUAAUUGAUAAUCACGCAACCGAUCGUAACGGAACAUCGCGCGUUAUCGCGCAUGCUCAAUUAGAGCUAGAUAGAAAUUAUCGCUCGAAGACGAUAGCGACGAUUAAUCGAAACUCGAACAAGGAAAUCGACCUCUUUGCGUUAGACGGCACGAAUCUAUUUCCGCCUAACUUCCUCCGUUAAGAUCCGAUAGAAAGAUUUAAUCGAAGAGAAAAGAAGACGUUUGUGACGAUGAUCAGCCAAGGAAUGUUUUUGUUACAAUGUAUAAUCGAAUAUUACUAUCGACUCUCGAUCGUCUAUCGAUCGAGAUUUUGUACGGACGAAUAACGAGAGAGGAUAUGCUUUGGAUUCAUUCGAGUAAUAGGUUAGGUGUUGAGUCGAUAGAGGUCGUGAUCGCGGCGGUAACGCAGGCAGUUUGUUAUUCACCGUGGAAAAAGUGGAUUUGCUACGCGUGGUUUUCUUCGUUUCGCGUAGAUAUAAAGUAAUAUAACGUGGAUUCUGGACAGAGACAUCGUGUCACCCGAGCGGAACGUGUUUCCAGAGAUGCUUCUGUAGAGAGUUUUGCAAUCGAUUCGUUUGCCGGUUUCUCUUGGAUUCUCGCUUCCUGCCGCGUUGAAAGAGUUUUCUUAACCUCUUCGGGGAAAGGGGAAGGGGGAUAAUGGCACGUAAUGCGCGCAUAUACGGAGUGUUGAUAUAUUUGUGGAUCCAUUCCAGAUUCUUAUUUGAUUUUUAUCUGAGUCAAUUUAAUGCAAAA